AUGAUCCCCCGUGCCCAGGCUGUCAUUCGUUUUUCUCUGAAGUGCCUGAAGCCUCCGCGCCGCCAGCAGAUAAUCCACAGCGGCCACUUCAUGGUGUCGUCGCCGCACCGGGAGCACCCGCCCAAGAAGGGCUACGAUUUCGAUACGGUCAACAAGCAGACGUGCCAGACCUACAGCUUCGGCAAGACCAGCUCCUGCCACCUGUCCAUCGACGCCUCGCUCACCAAGCUCUUCGAGUGCAUGACCCUGGCCUACAGUGGGAAGUUGGUGUCUCCAAAGUGGAAGAAUUUCAAGGGUCUGAAGCUUCAAUGGAGAGACAAGAUUCGGCUCAACAACGCCAUCUGGCGGGCGUGGUACAUGCAGUAUCUGGAGAAGCGCAAGAAUCCGGUGUGCCACUUCGUCACCCCGCUAGACAGUUCCGUCGACGUGGACGAGCACCGCCGGCCAGAGGCCAUCACCACCGAGGGCAAGUACUGGAAAAGCCGCAUUGAGAUCGUGAUCUUGGAGUACCACAAGUGGAGAACCUACUUCAAGAAAAGGCUACAGCAGCACAAGGAUGAGGACCUCUCCAGCCUGGCCCAGGAUGACGACGUGCUGUACUGGCACAAACGCGGGGAUGGCUGGAAGACCCCAGUCCCCAUGGAGGAGGAUCCGCUUCUGGACACCGACAUGCUCAUGUCAGAAUUCAGUGACACCCUCUUCUCCACGCUGUCUUCACACCAGCCGGUGGCCUGGCCCAAUCCACGGGAAAUCGCGCAUUUGGGGAAUGCAGACAUGAUCCAGCCGGGACUCAUCCCCCUGCAGCCCAACCUGGACUUCAUGGACACCUUUGAGCCGUUCCAGGACCUCUUCUCUUCUAGCCGCUCCAUUUUUGGCGCCACGUUGCCUGCCCCGCCCUCGACACCUGCACCUGACCCCAACAGCCCACCUGCUCAGGGGAGCAUCCUGUCAGCCACUACUCUGCCCACCGUCAGCCUUCCUGACAGCCUCAUCAGCCCCUCCGCCGCCCCGUCCCUGGACGCCACAGAGGAGCGGGGCUGCGAACCUGCUGCCCAGAACCAGGACCCCUUCAUCCAGUCCACAGACUUUGGGCCUUCCGAGCCGCCGCCACUCAGCGUCCCGCAGCCCUUCCUCCCCGUCUUCACCAUGCCCUUACUGCCCCCCAGCCCGGCCCCUGUGCCCCCCACGCUGCCCCUGGCCCCGCCUCCUGCCGCUACCCUAACCCCCCCGGCCACGCCCGCCUUCCUGCAGCCACAGAAGUUUGUUGGGGUCAGCAGAACCCCGCCUGUCAUCACGUACACAGCCUCUGCCACCCUGACCCACGACGCCUCUGCCACCUCCUUCAGCCAGACCCAGGGCCUCGUGCUCGCUCCCUGCCGCCCGCUCCCCGCGCCCUCUCCCUGCGGCCUGGCACUGUCCCCCGCCUCCCAGCCACCCGCCACCGGGUCCCCUCAACCUCUUUUAACCUUCGUUCAUCCCAAGCCUGUGUCCUUGACUGGAGGGAGGCCUAAGCAGCCCCCUAAAAUAGUGCCUGCUCACAAACCCGAGCCUGUGUCCUUGGUGUUGAAGAACGCUCACCUCACUCCAGCUGCCUUUUCAGGGCAGCCGCAAGCGGUGAUCAUGACAUCAGGCCCUCUGAAGAGGGAGGGGGUGCUGGCCUCCACGGUGUCCCAGUCCAGCGUGGUCAUCGCGCCCGCCACCAUCGCCAGGGCCCCUGGCGUCGCCGACUUCCACAGCAGCAUCCUUGUGACAGACCUCAGCCGCAGCACAAGCAGCCGCCCCGCUCCCAGCUCGCGCCUCUUCUCCUCAGGCACCGCACAGGACUCGGGGGUGAAGGGCGAGCAGGGCCCGCCGCACACGGACAGCCCCCAGGCCCCCGCCGCAGGCCCCAGUCAAGACUGUCCAAACUCAGGGCAGGCCUCUCCGUGUGCUUCAGAACAAAGCCCCAGUCCUCAAUCUCCCCAGAACUGCUCAGGGAAAUCUACUGACCCCAAAAAUAUGGCUGCACUAAAGAUGAAGCACAUCUCCGCCGAACAGAAGAGGCGCUUCAACAUCAAGAUGGGCUUCAACACCCUCAACACUCUGAUCGCCAAUAACUCCAAGCUGACCACCCGCGCCACCAUGCUGCAGAAGACGGUGGAGUACAUCACCAAGCUGCAGCAGGAGCGGAGCCAAAUGCAGGAGGAGGCCCGCCGGCUGCGGGAGGAGAUCGAGGAGCUCAACGCCGCCAUCAUCUCCUGCCAGCAGCUUCUCCCCGCCACGGGAGUCCCAGUGGCCCGGCGCCAGUUUGAUCACAUGAGAGACAUGUUCGAUGAGUAUGUGAAGAGCCGGACCCUGCAGAAUUGGAAGUUCUGGAUUUUCAGCAGCAUCAUCAAGCCGCUGUUUGAGUCCUUUGAGGGCAUGGUGUCCACCAGCAGCCUGGAGGAGCUGCACCAGACGGCGCUGGCCUGGCUGGACCAGCACUGCUCCCUGCCCGUUCUCAGGCCAAUGGUGCUGAGCACCCUCCGGCAGCUGAGCACCACCACCUCCAUCCUCACGGACCCGGCCCAGCUGCCCGGGGAGGCAUCGGGGGCCGUCACCCGCAUCGGCAAGAGAUCGGGCGAGUCCCAGGCUUAGCCACACCACAUGCCUGGAGCCCCCUUCCUACCUCUCCGGACGCAGCCUCGGCCGCCCUCCACCCUGCAGGCUGGCCGGGACGGGGAGGGGCCACGCUCAGGUCUGGAGCGGGCAUGGGGCCUGCCCGCAGCAAUAGCCUCCAUGGGAAGCCCCGCCAGGGCCUCGGCCCAGAUCCCUUUCUGGUCAGUGAGUGGACGGGACGGGGAGACGAAGCCACCUCUGCAGCCGGUGCCAGCCGGGCCUGUGAGACAGAGCAGUCCUCUCCUCCUGCCCACUUGUCCUCCACUGACCCCCGCACACUCCGUCGUGGCCUUCUGCACCCAGCCUUUGCUCGGAGGCGUGUCUUCUGCACAGACACGGGCACCGCGGAGCAGUGGUGUGGCGGCCACGAAGAGACGGAGCGCGGCCGCCGCGGCGCAAAGCCCUUUUUGGUGCCUUAGUUCCACCCGGCACUGACGGCCACGUGCUCUGGGGACACUUCGCCUUCCUUCCAGCAUCCGGAGGGUCACACUGCACCCGGCCUGGCCAUCCGACCUGAGCUUCAGCGGGGACAGUCCUCCGACCAAAGAUGUCACCUGCUCAGUCUGUCCUGGCUAGCGUGUGGAGAAGAGCGGGCGGGCUGGCGCGGGGUGAAGACCCACGCAAGUCUGCUGCGGAGGUGGUGUCCGGAGCGUCAGGCCCCGCAGCACCGCCGUCCACCGCGAAUUGUGUUGGAAAGAACCAGAGGGGCACGGUGUGGCCACUCCAUCCUCGCUCUUUUCUGCUGCCCCUGCGCACCGCAGGACUCUGUCCAGCACUCAGGGAGCCCAGCCAGGGCACCCCCCUCCCGGAAGGAAGUGAUGGUCCUGCUCUCCCAGCCAGCUGCCUUGGCGCUGCCUCCCUGCUGGCCUGCAGCGCCCCCAGGUGGCUGGGGACGAGGAAACAGGGCUGCGCGUGGAUCUGCUUCCUUGGGGUCCUCCACCGGUUCUUGGCGCUUCGGGCCUCCUGCGCGGGCUGGCCAUGCUGCCGUCCCCGCGUGCGCCCCUGACCUGCGCCCGCUCCCUCGCCUGCAUCUCCGCCUCAUCUGGGAGAGCUCGCGGUACCCUCAGCCGCCCCCCAAUGUGUUUACGGGCUGAGGGGUGAGCCCCAGGCGGGCGAGUCCUUGGAUUCAGGGGUGUCAGCUCCCCAGGGCAGAGGGAGGAAAGGAAAAGGAAAACGCUCGCUGCUGUGAGGCCUGGGCCCUGUGCCUGCCCGCCAGCCAGGGCUCCCGGUCAGUCUCCCGGUCAGUCGGUCUGUAGCUUCCUCCCGCCUUGCGGGAGCGUGUUCCACGCCACCGAGGGCGAAAUCGGCCUCUUGCUUCUUGUGGCCUGCCUCUCCCACUUGCUGAAAUUCUCUCCAUUCUGCUCCCUUGGAUAUGUAAGGCGGUUAGCUCGUGUGAGCCUGGAGGAGAGAGUGAGUGUGAGAGAGCAGGAGUGUGUGUGUCCUAGCUGACUUUAUUACACGCAUGUUUGUUUCUGAGAUUAA